UUAUUAUUACUAUUACUGUAUUAAUUCGUAACCAACAUUUUCAACGCGUUUGCAGCGUGCCAUAAAAGUACACCACCGUCGCUCGCAACCGUCACGGCCCGCCCGCGGCCCAUCGCAAUUGCCGAACGUUCGUCGCCCGAAACCGUUUUCGCGCACACAUCGCCUUAGUUUCCGCCGUCGUCGUCUCGCCGUUUUUCGCUCGCCGACCGCUGCACCGCCCCGGUGCACACCUAACCCGGACCAUGGCCGCAGGAGACAUGAACGAUUUCCAUCAGAUACUCACCAGUCUGCUGAGCACCGACAACAACGUGCGCCAGACGGCCGAGGAAACUUAUCAAUCAUUACCUUUGGAAUCAAAAGUGUUAUACUUAUUCAAUGCUGUGCAAAACCAAGCAGGAGAUGUUGAUGAAAAACAAGUGGCUGCCGUUAUGUUACGCCGACUUAUGGCCAAUGAUUUUUUAGAAUUCUUCCCUAAUUUAUCUCCUGAAAAUCAAAAACAGUUUAAAGAAAAUUUGUUGUUAAGUAUAAGUAAUGAAAAAAAUGAUGUAUUACGUCGUCGCAUGUGUGAUGUUGCUUCAGAGGUUGCUAGAAAUCAGUUAGACGAUGAUGGUAAUAAUAACUGGCCAGAAUUUUUGAACUUCCUAUUUCAAUGUGCUAGUUCUCCUUCUAUUGAAAUGAAAGAUUCUGCACUGAGAUUGUUCACGAGUGUACCUGGAGUUUUUGGUAAUCAACAGUCUAACUAUUUAAUAGUAAUUAAACAAAUGCUUAUUCAAGCAUUAAAUGUACCUGAUAUAAAUGUCCAAAUCCAAGCAAUUAAAUCAAUUUGUUCUUUUAUUUUACAUCAUGAGAAAGUUAUUGAAGUUCAAAAACAAUUUACUGACUUAUUACCUAAUAUGAUGAGAGUAAUAAAUGCUACUUUGAUUGCUGAAGAUGAUGAUUCUUUAAUUAAACUAUUAAUAGACUUGGCAGAAAAUACACCAAAGUUUUUGAGAUCUCAGUUGAUUUAUAUUAUUGACAUGUGCUUAAAGUAUCUCAAAAAUGAAGAGGCAAAUGAAUCUUAUCGGCAAAUGUGCCUUGAAGUAAUUGUAACAUUAGCUGAAACAGCACCUGCAAUGAUGCGUAAAGAAUCGCCUAAAUAUAUUACUCGUUUAGUUAUACAAGUAUUGGAACUUAUGGCUACUGUUGAAGAUGAAGAUGAUUGGGGUACUCAAGAUGAUCCAGAUGAAAGUGACCAAGAAAGUAUGAGUGUUAUGGCUGAAUCUGCACUAGAUAGGCUUGCUUGUGGUCUUGGCGGAAAAACUAUGUUGCCACAGAUAUUAACUAAUGUUUCUCCAAUGCUGACAAAUCCAGAUUGGAAAUUUAGACAUGCUGCUUUAAUGGCAAUAUCAGCAGUUGGUGAAGGUUGUCAUAAACAAAUGCAAACUGUGUUGAAUGAUAUUUUAGAUGGCAUUUUAAGUUUCUUACAUGAUCCUCAUCCUAGAGUACGAUAUGCAAUGUGUAAUGCUAUUGGUCAGAUGUCAGCAGAUUUUGCUCCUACAUUCCAAAAGAAAUUCCAUGAUAAAAUUGUGCCAGCUAUUUUAUUACUACUUGAUGAUAAUUUGAAUCCUAGAGUUCAAGCACAUGCAGGGGCUGCUCUUGUAAAUUUUUGUGAAGAUUGUCCAAAAAGAAUACUUUUAACUUACAUGGAUCAAAUGAUGAUAAAGCUAGAAAGCAUAUUACAAGCUCGUAUUGUUGAUCUUAUGGAAGGUGGUGGUAGACGUCUAGUAUUAGAACAAAUGGUUACUACUAUUGCAUCAGUAGCAGACACAUGUGAAGGAAGUUUUAUUAAGUUUUAUGAUCAUCUAAUGCCAUGCCUGAAGCAAAUUAUUUGUAGUGCUGUUGCUCCUGAACUUAAAUUGUUACGAGGGAAGACAAUAGAAUGUGUUAGCUUGAUUGGUUUAGCUGUUGGCCAAGAGAAAUUUUUGGGAGAUGCUAGUGAUAUAAUGGAUUUAAUGUUGGCAACACAUAAUAAAGAUGAAAAACUCGCAGAAGAUGAUCCACAAACCUCAUAUUUGAUAUCAUCUUGGGCUCGAAUGUGUAAAGUCAUGGGUCAACAAUUUGAACAAUAUCUUCCAUUGGUGAUUGGUCCUGUUAUGGCUGCUGCUUCCCUGAAGCCUGAAGUUGCAUUACUGGAUAAUGAUGACAUGGGAAACAUGACAGACAAUACUGAUUGGCAAUUUGUAUCAUUAGGGGAACAACAAAAUUUUGGCAUUAGAACUUCUGGUUUAGAAGAUAAAGCAUCAGCUUGUGAAAUGCUUGUUUGCUAUGCUAGAGAAUUGAAACAUGGUUUUGCUCCUUAUACAGAAGAAGUUGUUAAGCUUAUGGUACCUUUGUUGAAGUUUUAUUUUCAUGAUAAUGUUAGAAUAGCUGCUGCUCAAAGUAUGCCUUGUCUUUUGGAGUGUGCAGAAACUAGAGGAUCCGAAUAUUUACAACACAUGUGGGGUUAUAUUUGUCCAGAACUUUUACAAGCUAUUGAAUCUGAACCAGAAUCGGAUGUUGCUGCUGAGAUGUACGAAGCACUUGGAAAAUGUAUAGAAUUAUUGGGACAUGGAUGUUUAUCAGACAAAUGGAUGAAAGAUUUAUUGGUAAUAUUAGAAAAAAAUUUAAAUUCACAUUUUGAAAAUGAAAUUAUGCGUUUUGAAAGACGCAAAGAUGAAGAUUAUGAUGAGGUUGUUGAGGAAAAAUUAGCGAUGGAAGAUACAAAUGAUGUCUAUAAGUUGAGCAAAAUGACCGACAUUUUACAUGCGCUAUUUGUCACUUAUAAAACAGAUUUUUUCCAGUACUUUGAUCUUAUUGUUCAUCAGUUUGCUAAACUAUUGGAGUCUGAAAAGAGUUCAUCAGAUCAUCAAUGGGGUCUUUGUGUUUUUGAUGAUCUUAUUGAAUUUUGUGGACCUGGCUGUGCUAAGUAUCAAGAAUACUUUUUGAGACCAAUGGUUAGUUAUGUUACUGAUUAUAACAGUGAAGUUCGUCAAGCAGCUAUUUAUGGAUGUGGAGUAUUGGGAAUGUGUGGAGGACCUAGCUUUGCUGGUGUUUGUGCCGAGAUCAUGCCCUUCCUUUUACAAGUUAUCAAUAGUGCUGAUUCUCGUUCUACUGAUAACAUUAGUGCGACAGAAAAUGCUGUAUCGGCUAUUGCCAAAAUAUUAGAAUUUAAUAGUUCGGCUGUUAAUGUUGAAGAAAUAUUACCACAUUGGUUGUGUAAUUUACCAGUAUGUGAAGACACAGAUGAAGCUCCAUUUGUAUAUGGUUACCUAUGCAAACUUAUUGAAAAUCAUCAUCCCAUGGUAUUGGGAUCUAACAAUUCUAAUAUUCCUAGUUUAAUACGGAUUAUUGCUGAAGCCUUUUUGAGAGAUGCAAUUGAUAGGUCACAUGCUGUUGCCCAACGAAUGAUCAUGAUUGUGAGACAAAUUCAGUCAAACGAAGAGGUAUUUAAUGCAUGCUUGGCUGUAUUGAAUUCAGAACAGAUAACAUGUCUACAAAGUCUUCUGAUGACUACUAAUUGAUAAUCAUAUAACCUUUAAAUGUUUGAUUAUUAUGACAAACUUAAAUUUUAACUUUAAUCCUGCUUUUACUAUGAUUAUUUUUAUCAAUA